AUGAGCAGGAAACUGAAAGAGUCUCUAAAAUCAGGUCCGGAGCUCGGGGACGUGGGAAGCUCUCCAAGAUCUAAAUCACAAAGUCUUAGGCGUAGGGUUUCUUCAGGCCGCCUCCGGCAAGCAAGACUUUCUAACUCAGGAGACCCUGCGUCGCAUCCUAAGUUACCUGAACAGCUGGAUAGUCUCCCCAAAGAAGAGGUGAAUGCUUUGGAUCUGAAUAAUGAGCCAAUAGCUUCGCAACAAAAUCAUGAUCACGAAGACUUCACAUGUGAUGGCCCGAAAGUCAUGGAUAUGCGGGAUGCACCGACAGAGCCAAGAAAACCGAUGUUGGACUCGAAUUGUACGAUUGACAAUCAUGCAAAAACUGAUACUUGUCCUAAGCUUGAGACUAUCGAUUUACCAAUUGCGAUUCUGAGCGAGACUAGAAUUGGCAGCAGCCCAUUAGCCGAUGGGACAAGAGAAGCCGAAACCAAUUCGAUUGAAGUGUUCCCAUCGGCUACCCCGACGAGCGACACUGAACACUCGAGAGGGCCCCAAGAAGAAGAGCAAAAAACUGUUUUAGGCCUUGGUAAAUAUUCGGGUGGCUUUGUGGAUGAUGAUUUUGUGCUACAUCCAAACGACAAAUUUGAGUUGACAUCCAUAUUAGUUCCCACCUCAAAGCUUGCAGAGUCAAAUAACGGGAAAGAGGCCUCAACUGAGAAAUUCGAGAAUGAAUAUCCUGGAAUAGAGAAGCUUACUGAAAGUAAGUCAACUAACGAGAGCGAAGCAAUCAAUAUUGAGAGUGCUAAGCAGGAGAUAGCCACCGCUGUGAAAGACCCAAUCCGCAAUUCUGAUCCAGGAUGUUCUGAUGUUGGCUUAGCUGGGCCCGUCGAAAGUCGUGCCGAGUUAGAUAAAGAACCGACUGGACCAAAUGAGAAUUCAUCUAGACCAAUUGAACCAGUGGAAGGCACAAUUACGCCACCUAGUUUUUCAAAUGUGCCCCAGGAACCUGUUCACAAUGAUGUAAUUGCAGAUCGAUGCGACUCCCGAAGCUACUCCUUGCAAGGUUCUAUUAUGGCUAGUUACCAUGAUGAACCAAAGAAUUCGAAGAUCCCUGAUUCACCAGAUUCAACUUCUACAGUUGUACAUCAUCCUCUCACCGUGUCGGAUAGGUGUUCAGAAUUGAAUAAAAAAGACAGGCAAGUGCCAAAGCUGAAAACAGUGAACGUCACCAAUAAUCCCUUUUAUGUUCCAACUAUGGGUGCUCGAUCUGACAUGACAGACAGGAGACGCAAUCACUCCUCUGGUAAUAAUCAGGGUCAGAAAGGUCUGCAACAGGCUGAUCUUGAACUUCAUGACGCUCUCACCAAUUUUGGCGCAUCAUACAUGACUCAGUAUAGAACACCAGCUCCUUCACUUGAUAUGAAGUCAGUUGACUGGGAUGCUAUGAGUGGUAUAUCUUUUACUGGCUCAAGGGCUAUGAUUGACACACAAUCUCAGCAUUACCCGUCUUACUCUUACCCAGUUCUUGACCCGCGUGAUCAUCGUGCGGUAAAUCACUAUGAAGGAUGCGUUCCCCUCGGCGAUGAUCCGUACAGAGCAGAGCAGAUACCAGCAAAAAGCUUUAGUUCCAGCAGUAGGUACUCUAGUGGGGUCAAGAAAGAAGAAUCUGAUGAGUUUCAUGAUGAGAAUCAACCGCCUUUCCUCUUCGAUCCGAACAAGGUGGAAGAUUUUAAUGGUGGAGACCCAUCGAAGAAACGUGGCGGUGGAACCAAAGGUAGAACUUGGAACCGUCAAGAAUAUAGUGAUAGAGAUCGGCAACAGUUUUUUGAUUUGUGGUUGUCUACUGUGCCACGGAAUGCAAAGGCAGCAGCCGAAGCUCUAGGAAUCAGGUACACUACUGCGUCGAAUUGGAUUAAGCAGUUUCGCGACAAUGGGCAGGAAGAAAUACCCAUGGGUGGAAUACUUGGCAGGCCGUAUGCUAACCCAUUGACUGAAGAGCAUGAAACGCAUAUCAUUUCCUUCUAUAAAAGAAUUACUCAAGAGAAAAGGGCCAUGAAACUUGAUGAAUUGCUCGAUGAGUUGACAACCCAGUUUGAGGAUCUUAAGCUUUCCAAGACAGGCUUGAGAAAACAUUUGAAUGAUAUGAAUUUCAAGUAUCAACGCUUGAGCAAGCAUGCUGAAAAUCGAAACUCUCCGGCAACCAUAGCCUACAGGCAGAAGUGGAUUGACUAUUUGGAUCAGUCCGGUGCAAACUAUACACGUAAUUGUGUGUUUAUUGAUGAAGCUGGAUUUGAUGAAAAUAUGAAGGACAAUUUCGGCUGGGCUUUCAAGGGUUCCCAUCCUGUUGUUGACAUUAAGAACAAUGCACCGGCAUUUACGUUAUUUGGCGCAAUCUCACACGAGGGAAUAGUUGAUGUCCAAGUGAAAUAUCCAAAGAACUCCAAAGCCUGGCACGAAUGUGUCAUGCAAUGGGAACACCACAUUAAUACGGAUAAACCAAAUGAUCCAGAACCAGGUUGUGCCGAGGAAAAUGCAGGCAGCUCCCAAAAAUCUCCUAGUAAAGCAAGUAAAGGCAGGCCUCCAAGAAAUACUAAGGCAUCCAGAGCUCGGGCGGCAGACAAAGCGAAGAGAAUGACCAUGGCAGGGAACAAAGAACUGGAUACAUCCUUACCUGGAAGUUCCAAAGAUCACUUCAUGUAUUUCUUAUGGUCAUUGAUGGAUAGGUUGCGCCAUAACUCAACGUUCAAUCAACGGUGUUUUUUCAUUCUGGAUAAUGCCCGGAUUCACAAAGGAGGUGAGAUCACAGAUAUGAUCAAAAUGGCCAACCAGAAGUAUGAUACAGGAUUUGAAGUGCUUUAUUUACCGCCCUACUCUCCGGAGCUGAAUCCAAUCGAGAAUAUUUGGUCGAUGAUGAAGAGAAACUUUGCAGACACAAGACGGAGCAAACUGGUGGAUCGAUUGGCUUGCUCACAAAAUGGAAUCACUCCUGAAAUUGUUGCAAAGACGGUGAAGCAUGCUACAAAGUAUUUUGAUCACUGUCGUCAGGGUAUUCCUCUUAAGAACUUGCAUUAG